AUUCACAGACAAAGACAAUUAAGGAGCCAUGGCUGUUGCAAAUUUCCAAUACAUAACUCGGAUGAGCAGUGGUUUCAAAGUCUACAUCUUGGAAGGUCAGCCCAACCAAAGAAGUGAAGAUAGAUUCAGGCAUAUGGCCAAUGAGAGAGUUCGAGUGCCCCAAGUGCAUCCGGUCAAGCGCAAGCACAGCUUUGAGUGUGGUCUAACAUUGGAAGAAAGGCGAGAAAGUGCACAAAGCAGGAGCAACAUGAGAAGGCCAACUGUGUUUAGUGUUCCCCAGAGUCCCACAUCCUCCUGGAGCCCAACCCCCAGCCCCACAGGUCAUCUGCCCUGCCAUGUGUAUCCCACACCACCUAUCGAUGAGCCACUGGACCUAAUUAAGAAACCAAGGAAACAGCCUGAGAGGACAGAAGAGAAAACCAAAAGCACUACAGCCAUCAAUCAGAUGCGUCCUUCUGUGAUCACCUGUGUGUCCUCCACAAGAAAGCCCACCUGCAGAUCUGAGGUCGGCAGCAGUAGCCACUCCUCCACAGUGUUAUCUAAGCACAGCUAUGACCAUGUUGUGGAGGAACAUUUCAAGAGAAGCCUGGGGAUGGACUACCAAAUGGCCAGCUCCCGCCAGCUCUCCAUCAGCGUCUCUGUGGAUGACCAUUUUGCCAAGGCCUUGGGAGAAAAGUGGUUUCAGAUCAAAUCAAAAUCCUCCUCAUGUUCCUCGUCUACAUCCUCUCCACCCAGCAGCCCAAGUGUCACUCAUUCCCCCAGCUACGGCCACAGCCCAAACCAAGCUCCCAAAGAGUCUCCAAGUACCACCACUCCCACCUCCAGCUUCUGGUCAGUCAAAUAAAAGCUUUCCUGGAGAAAGAGUGAACUUUGAGACAUAGCAUUUAAUGCGAUACAGCGGCAGAUCCAUGCUUUUCAAGGAAUAAGAGCACCAAGGAGAUAACGUUGGUGAAAGUGUAGACUCGAGAACAGGAAUGUAGGAAUACUAAGCUACUCUAUAUGGUUGAACCAUUGAGUGCAUCUCCAUGAGUCUAUUCCCUGCCAGUGGAAAGGGGAGUUAUUUCAAUUUCAGGGGACAAGCAAAUGUUGCAGUGAUGUCUUUAUUUCUCAAUUUCUGUCCCAGCCUGUCCCAGCCUUUUCAAUAGCAUAUCUAUCUCUGAAUAGAUGGUGAUGUGGGAUGAUAGUUGGAGAAAAGAAAUGUGCCAUUAUAUUUCAUUAAAUGUGCCAUAUUUCAUUUCAUUCGGUGAAGAUGCCACUACUUUCGUGAUACUGUAUUUAUACUAUAUGUUUUUUAACGAACCUGGAUCCUAUUUUCAGUCUAAUAAAUUAUCUACUGUAUAUAGUGCUAACACAUUCACCAAAUCUGUUCAAUACAGUAACUUCACGUUUUUGUAUAAACUAUGGACAUCUCAAAAGGAAAAACCUAUUUGUGUUGGGAUAUUGCAAGUUAUUCCAUUAGCUUUAUGAAUUAAAACUUAAGCUAACCUUAUUAUUGUAUAAAAAAUAAACCUGGAGAUUUCAG